AUGCAUCAUGUUCAUAAGCCGGCUCCGCAAGAUGCGCAAGAGCAAGUCGCAAAACGUACAGCGGAAAGAGCUGUAGCUCCACCAUGCCCGGAUCCUAGUGCGCACCACAAAAGCCACUCAAAGAACAAUGCACUCCAGAAUCAGGCCUCAGCUGCAGCAUUGUACUCCACUAGCCCAAUGAGAUCAACCCAAAGGGCAAGCAUCAACCCUCUCGGACCUGACGGGAAGCUCUCAUCGGCAAGCGCUGCCACCAGCCUCAAAUACGCUAAAGCUCACGAGCUCCCUAGUUUCCCCGUUGUAGGAAUCGAUGCAAAAUCCUCAGCCGGAGCUGCCGCACUCCUUGCAAACCAGAACAAGAAGAGCCCAGAGUGGUGGAAACCCGAACAAUCAUCCGCUGCUAGCAAAGCUGCAUUGCUGGCUCAUGACUACAAGAUGGCUCCCCUCUGGCAGCCCGAGGCUAGUGCAGCAGGUUCCAAGGCAGCUUUACUUGCUCACAAAGAUGGUGUGAAGCUGAACCUGUGGACCCCCCAGGCAAGCGCUGCAGGUAAUUCUGCCGCAAACAUCGCGAUGCGCAAAAAAGGUCUGAGCCCAGAGACUGACUAUGGAUACACCGACGACGGGAGAAAAAGGGCUUUGGUCGCGGCGACAGGUGCUCACUCUACUGCUGGACGCAAGCGCGCAAACUCAACUCCUGCGCCCCCGCCGUUGUAUCCUGAUUCCAAAAACUCUGCUAGAAACGCCCUGAAUGCUGCCACCAUAGCUCAUAGCCCGUCUAUGAGAAAAUUUCAAGGACCUUCAGUCACUGAUUCCAACCGACUCGGUUCUGGGGCGAUGGAGGCAGCUCGCAUUCAACACGCUAAGAGCAUCCCAAGAAACAUGUACGGGAGCGCACCGCCCGUUGCCCCAGAGAUAGAAGAACAAAGGCGCAACGACGCACUUCGAGCUUCAGCAAUUGUGAUGGCGAAGAAAAUAUAUGAAGUCCAACAGAAGCAGGCUGAUGGAGCCUCCGGCCGAUCCGCUGCCCAUACAGGUGCCAAUGCGGCACAUGGUCAACGAGCACCCGCUGGUGAAGGAGACAUCAAGGAGCAAGCAAUGCGCUAUGUUGGCAUCCAGGAAGCUGCUCAGAAACUCGCUCAAGAACGACUGGCUAAGAUAGGAUACGAUGAGAAUGCCGCGUAUCGAAGCCACUAUGGCUACGAGAAGCCUCGCUCGAAGUUUUCUAUGCGCCGUGGGCGGAAUCGUGCUUAUAGUGCCUCCGAGACUCCUGCCCAAAAUGAAUAUGAUUCUGACUCAGACGAGGAUGACUUCCGAUCCCGACGAAUCCGCUCGCAGAUGGCGCAGUUCAACAAGCAGCUGGCAGACGUUGACGCGAAGAAGCGUGAUCAGGAUCGAAAAGGUCUUAUGGCUGCAGCAGAACGUAAAGUUCAAGCUCAAAUGCAGGGACUUGAUAAGAAGAUCUUUGAUGAGACGGGUAGAAUGUCUCAAUCCAUGUCUGAUGAAUGGGAUGAGAAAGCUAGAAAGCGAGCGGUGGCCAACUCCGAAAAUCGUAUGGAGAACCACGGCAAGAUUCACUUGGGCAACGGCAAGUGGAUGGACCAAGCAGAGAUUGAUGCUAUAGCUCAAGCUAGAAUCCAGCCCACACUGGAUGAAAUCACCGAAAAAACAGACAAGCGCAGGGGCGAGGAUGAGAAGCGAAGAGCCGCAGAAGAGGAGCGAAAAAACCAGUUGGCGGAGAAAAAGCGCCAAGAGAGGCUUGAGAAGGAGCGUAUCGCGGAAAUCAAAGCUGGAGAGAAAAACGCGAAGGACGAAGAAAAGAAGGCUACGAAGGCACGAAACGCCGAGGAGAAGGCUACUGCAAGACAAGACAAAGACGUCGAGAAGACAAAGAAAUCCGGAGAUGAGCGUCAUGUCAAAGACUUGAUCCGAAAGUCAAAGGAAGCUCCAAGAGAUACUCCAGUUAGGGAUACACCGUCAUGGGCUACUCUGGACGUGGGUGAUAGAGAUGCGACUGCAGAUCAACAUGAUGACCUCUACGAGGAUCCCGGUCAUCCUCAGGCAGUCCAGAAGACUGUGGAACAUGGCUCCUCUGACCCGAUCUCCCCGACUUCUCAAGGCUCCUCGAAAGGGUUCAAAUCUAUCAUGAACAAACUGAAGCGUCGAUCUAAGCCCCCUUCCGCAGAUAUUACCGACUCGACCACCAGCAACAACAAGACCAUAGACAAAGACGGUCCAGGUUUCAUCGGCGGUGCUGCCCUUCGCUCCUCAACCACCUCGCAAUCACAAUCCACCGAGGCUGACCCUCAAACCCCGCAAGCGUCUCAUGAUAUCACCACAGCACAACGACCAACAAACCUAGGGGAUAUCGAGCCGACAUUCGUGCCCCAUGUAGACCGUCUCUCGGACGUGUCGUCUCUCUCUAGCGACGACGAGGAGAGAGGUCGGCUGCGAGCAACGCGUGUUAUGAGCAACGACACUGUGACAUCUACCGAGCCGGACUUUGAAGAAGCCAGAGACCACUUCGACACGGACUUGGCACCACCGCCUACCUUUACCACCGACACCGAUAAGGCGAGGAAGGGCAGCCCGGUUCGUGACUCGAGGUUCAUCGAGGUGGGGAUCUAG